AUGAAACGGCAUAUGAAACGUAAGCACAAUCUGAACAGCAACAAUGUUACUUCCCAGAAAGGAAAAUGUUUGUGUAAUGAGUGUGAUCGGCAGUUCUACCGAAUUAAAGAUCUGCGGGAACACCUGUCCCCACCCUUCCAAACCACUAGUAUAUUUGAUGAAUGCACGAAUCUUACUUUUCUGCUCUAAAUAGUUGGGACGAUAUAUGAACCACGUAGGUAAAGUAGGAAUAGACAAUAAAAAAGAAUGGUCAUUAACUAACUACGUUUCUUUUCUUACGAGAAUUCGAAUCGUGGAAGGCGGAAGUUGAAGAAAAAGAGGGCUGCUCUUUUGUCUAAGUCACCGGUGAGUUUACUUUAUAAAAGAGGAUAGCUGAUUUAUUAGAGGGAGAAGGUAUUUUGUUUUUCGAAUACAAAUAUGAAUUGUGUGAAAUCGUUUCUAUUCACUUCAGGCUCCAAGAAACAUCUCUCUACGGGACAGAAAGUGGAAUAUUUCCAGUGCAACAGAGGCGGUAGCUACAGACCACGUAGAAGCGGAAAGAGAAGACAAAAAUCUCAAGGUAAAUAAGCUUUGUAGAAAAGAUUAUUUCCCUACUAUGAAGAAGGAAUAUAACUUCUUUUUUUCAGUUCGUAAUGUAAAGAAGACUUUUGUAGUUGGUUAUGAUGUGAGAAUCAGUUACUUUCACAUCUUCCGGUUAAACUAAGCUGUGGUUUUGUUUUUUGUUACAUUUUCGCUUGAACAGGAAGAUGCAAGAUUGAAAAGAAUUGCACAUCAAGUAUGCUUUUGAAGUACGAAGAUGAUGGUACAAUGACUGUUGAUGUGUGUUACACGCAUUAUGGUCACGAAAUCGAGCUGCAACAUGUAUGGCUCUCUAAAACAAAGCGUCAACAACUGGUGGCUAAAAUGCAGCAAGGGGUGCCAAGAGAAAGAAUCCUGAAUGACAUCAGAGAGGGAGUAACAAAGGAUCAAUUUUUGCGAGAACACCUAGUAGAAAAAAAGGAUCUAUUUAACAUUCAAAGCGCGUUUGGGCUUAAAGAUUAUCAGCGACACCAAAACGACUUAGACAGCGUCUUAGCCUGGAUAACGGAAUGGAAUCAGUCACCUGACACCAACCCAAUCCUGUUACAAAACUUUCAGGACUCAUGUUUGGACGGAUACGACCUGCCUAAGGAAGAUAUCGUUCUUGUGAUACAAAGUCUAUUCCAGAAAAGCAUGCUUGAAAAAUUUGGGGCAAGUGAUGUGUGCUGUGACAGCAUACAUGGGACAAACGGGUACGACUUCCUUCUUACGACCCUGUUGGUAAUAGACGAAUAUGGUGAAGGGUUUCCUGCUGCAUGGUGUAUCUCGAAUCACGAAGACUUUAAGACAAUGUGCACCUUUUUCUGCGAAAUCAAGAAGAACACUGGAACCAUUAAAGCCUCGUGGUUCAUGAGCGAUGUUGCACCACAGUUCUACACUGCAUGGGUGGGGGUGAUGGAUGACUGUCCCCGUCCUAAGACAUUACUUUGCACUUGGCACGUAGACAGGGAAGUCACUAAAGAGUUAAGAAAGAAAAUCGGCGGCCUUCAAACAGAGGUAGAAGUGUACAAGAUGUUUCGAACCGUUCUUGAACAGACCAGUGAAACACUGUUUGAGGAGUCUUUACGAGGGUUCAUUCGUCGUCUAAGUCUUCCUUCAAAGACUGCCUCCUUCAGAAAGUAUUUUGAACAGGAAUGGGUUUCCAGGAAACAAGAAUGGGCAUAUUGCCUUAGAGUCGGCCUUGGUAUUAAUACAAAUAUGUUUGUAGAAGCCUUCCACAAGGUCUUCAAGUAUCAAUACUUAAAAGGCAAAAGCAACAAACGGUUAGGCAAUCUUCUUCUCAACCUUUUAAAAUAUGUACGAGAUAAGACGUUUGAUCGUCUGAUCAAAUUGACUAAGGGGAAAGUAACAUCUCGACUAAGUGUGAUACAUGAACGGCAUCUUCGCAGCUUGACCCUCCCAACUGCCUCGGUUGAGGUGGAAGAAGACGAUACUUGGGAAGUUCUUGGGCAAGACGGAAUAAGUCGUUACAAAGUUUCAAAGCUGAUGAGCGCCUGUAAAGAGCAAACUGCCAGCUUAAGUGCCCUGAGUGUCGAAUCGGCGUGCAUCUUUAUGUCUGCAAUUGUCCGGACAGUUUGA